UUUCAAUAAACAAUGGACAACAUUUAAAUCCAUUUCUCAAAUACGAAACUAACGGAGCAUAUCUUUAAAUAUCCUACCCAGGGUAUACAAUAGAUCUGUUCUAAUGUUUUGGAAACACCUCGGUGAAAAUACACAUAGCUACACUCAAUGAAAAUUAAAAUGUGGGAUUUAAAAGAACCAUGUGAUAAAAAUAAUGGAAUAUUUUGAAUUCAAGGAUGGGAUGUGGAUCAAGUAGUGAUGCUCCAGAAGGUCCUAGGACCGUUGUAGUUUUUGGGGCUACUGGCCUGCUGGGAAGCUCUGUAGCGCGGGCGCUACUUGAGGACCCAUUUAGAUUCAAAGUCAAAUGUGUAACAAGAAGAUCAUCCAGUGAUAAAGCCCGAAAGUUGGCUGAAUUAGGUGCUAUAAUAGUUACAGCCAAUUUAGAUGACCCUAAAAGUUUAGAGAGGGCGGUAGAUGGCGCUGAUACUAUGUUCCUAACUACUCAUUACUGGGAGGAUAAAAAUAAAGAAAAAGAAGUCAUUAGAGGAUUGAACGCUAUUGAUGCUGCUGUUCAUGCUAAUAUCAGACAUCUUGUUUUCAACGGUUCUGAACUGGUAAAGAAAUAUGUAGGCAGAGAGUGUGCUCAUUUAGAUUCUAAAGCAGGAAUAGAAGAGUACAUCCGGGAAGUUGCAAAAAUAGUACCAGGAAGUAGAGCUGGUCGAGCAGGAAUCACGUAUACCAUCAUACGACUUCCAUUCUGGUACGAAAAUUUCUUCACAAUAUUCAAACCACAUAAAAUCAAACACGGAGUGUAUGCCAUAGCAUUGCCCUUAGAAGACAAUGACAUGGAAGCAAUAUCGGUCGAGGACGUCGGAGAAUGUGUAGCUACAAUAUUUAACAAGCCAAAAUUAUAUGCAGGGAAAACCAUCGGUUUAACUGCUGGACGAUUAACAAUGAAAGCUGUUGUUGAAGGCUUUAAUAAACAAUUCUCAAACAGAAAAUUUGAAGAUCCGAAGAUACGAUGUAAAGAUUUUGAAAGAUUUCAGUUCGUUGGAGCAAAAGACUUGGCGGCCAUGUUUGAUUUUUUCACAUCAGAUCAUUGUGUGCGAGACUAUAAGUUAACAAAGAAAUUAAAUUCAGACAUUCGUUCGUUUGAUAAAUGGUUAUACCACAGUAGAGAAAUUAUAGACGAGGAAUUAAAGAAAGAUUGAUUAAUAUGUUUUAUGCAAAUUUUACAAGCAUGCUUUGGAAUUAUACUCUUCAGUUGUUGUUUUAUAAAAUUAAAAUACAAAGGUUUAUAAACGCUAGUCUGGUAUGCAUAUUCUUAUCAGAAAAUUAAAAUCUUUACUCUGACUGAUAUGUUAGAAACAAUAGAGUUUUGUUCCACAGUUUGCAUCAUUUUUUGAAUAUUUUAAUUUGGCCGCCAUUGUUGAACCAGAAAAUAUUUGGGUCAUAGAGAUUCCACUUUAACAAUAGCAGUACAUUUUGGAUAUUAAUUUUCGGUCAAGGUUUUAAAACCAAAAGUCUACUAUUAUGAAGAGAUUUGUUUUUCUUAACAUUAAUAUUUUGCCGAAAUAUAUCUAUACAAUUAAGAAGCAGAUAGUGGACUUUUGAAAUUCAAUUCAAAGCCAUUUUUGCCAAAAUUGACAUCCAAUGAAAAUACUGUCAUCUUAAUUGAUUUUUGCUAUUGUCGUUGGAUUGCUUCUUUCUUGACAAUUCAUUUUAACCCAUAAUGUUUUACUUUUAUUUUUGAAUACUUUUCU